AUGAAUUUAAAUAACAUAUCAUGCAUUAAUUGCAGAGAAAAAUUAAAGAAUUUUAAAAAUAUUAUUAUUCAUUAUAUUAUGCAUAAAAAUAUAUGUCCAUUUUGUCUUGCAUAUUACCGUUCUUAUAAACAAUUUUAUGAUGUAAAUGGACAUUUCAACACCAAAAAAUGUAAAAAUGAACAAAAUAAAAUUAUUACAAAUAAUCAAAAAAGAGAUAGCUUUUAUAAAAAAUUAAUGGAUAUUACUGGUGAAAAAAUAAAAUAUCCAACAAAUGAUCCAGAUGACCCAUGUAAACAUUUAUGUAACCAAAACCAAGAUGAAAUUUUUUAUCAAGAAAAUAAUGAAAAUAAUGAAAAUAAUCAAACAAUUGAUAAUGAAGAAAAUCAUGAUAUAAUUGGGUUGGUACAUAGUGAAGAUGAAAACAAUGAAAUUAGAAUAGAUGAAAAUGAAGCAAACAUUAAUAAUGAAAAUAAUGAAAAUAAUGAAAAUGAAAAUGCUCAAAACGAACCAAUAAAUAAUAAUCUAAAUAAUAAUUUAGAUAAUGAAAAAUCAAAAAAAAAAUUAAAUGAAACUGAAAUUGAAUUUUUAAUGUUGGGAAUUGAAAACUCAAUAAGUUUAAAGCUACUUGAAAAAUUUAAAAGUUUUAUUGACAAAAAUAAAACCAAUUUAAAUCAAAUAAGAUACACACCUCAAUAUAUGGAUAAAUUAUUUAUGGAAGAUUUUCAAAUAAAAGGAGAAACAUUUAUAAAUAAAAAUUAUGAUCACUCAAUUUUUUAUUUUGAAAUUAAAAAAGUAUUAGAAACUUUAUUAAAUAAAAAGCAAUUUUUUGAAAGAAUAGAUUUUGAUACAGAUUUUGAAACUGGAAUUUAUACAAAUUAUAAAAGUGGUCAACAAUUUAAAGAUUUAAAAAAUAAAAAUAAAAAUAAAAUUGUUUUACUUAGAAUAUUCACUGAUAGUAUGCAGUGUCAAAACAAGAAAGAUUAUACUAUAAUGCUGGAUAUAGAAAAUUAUAUUGGAAAUGAAUUUAAAAAUAAUAAAUUAUUAUUAUUUGUAGUACCAAAUGAUUGGUUACUUAAUUUUCAUCAAACAAUUAGGGCAUUGUUUUCAUCUUUUAUUGGUAAUGGCUUUAAUUUAAUUAUUGAAAAUGAACAAAUAGAUGUUGUACCGUUUGGACUGACAAUGGAUAUUCCAGAAUUUAGAGCAUCGUGUAAACUUAAUGGACAUAAUUCAAAUGAAUAUGCAUGUCACACAUGUGACAAACCAAGAGAUGGUUUAUUUAUUUGCAAAUCAGGUACAUUAAGAAAACAAGAAGAUAUUACAAAUUUUCACUCCACCAAACCAAAUUAUGCUGAAUUAAAUGCUGAUAUAGAAUUAAAAAAAGUAUGGGAAAAAAAAGCAAAAGAUAUUGGUAUCAAAGGUGUGGACAGAGGGUGGGUCGAACCUUUGUCCAUUAAUUAUUUAAAAACACAACCAGACAUAUUACAUAAUAUUUUAUUAGGUGUCGCACAAAGAUGUUUAAAUUACAUUUUUGAUAAAUAUAAAAAUAAAAUUGCAAAUUUUUUAAAUAAUUUAAAAAAUGCAAAAAUAAUAGAUAACAAACCAAAACCUUCAAUUUCACUAUUUGCAAAUAAGACAAGGAAAGGAAGAGAGAAUAGAUCAAUAUUAUAUUACCUUUUAAUAUCAAUUAAAAAUCAAAUAUCAAAUGAUGAUUUUUUAAUUAUGGAACAAUUAGUAACUAUAUGUUUUAAAUUAUAUAGUGACUCUUUUGAUGAAAAUGAUUUAAAUUCACUUCAAGUAUUAAUUGAAUCGUUUAAUGCAAAAGUAAAUUUAAUUACUGAAACAGAAAUAAUG